ACUCACGUUGCGCACAUUGACAACGGAGCAUCACACACACCGAAAAAACAACAGUGAACCCUCGACAGCACACAUCAGCCAUGGGAGAAUCAGAGACGCGUCAGAGACUGCUGCGCAGCGUGAAGAAGGAGGUGAAGCAGAUCAUGGAAGAGGCCGUGACUCGCAAGUUUGUGCAUGAAGACAGCAGCCACAUAUUUUCCUUCUGUGGUGUGGUUGAAGCGUGUGUGCUUUACAGGCUGAAACGGCGAGCUUCUGGAUUCCUGCACAGUAACAAGCUGGCGGCUCUGUUCAUGAAGGUGGGGAAGAUGUUUCCUCCCGCUGAGGAGCUGUGCAGAAAGGUCCAGGAACUUGAACAAAUCAUCGAGACCAAACAAAACCAGGGUCAGAUGAGUCAAGACAGCGUCAGAAAACAGCCCAGACUGCCCAACCUGUCACCGCUGGCCAUCAAACACCUGUGGAUCCGCACAGCGCUUACAGUGAAGGUGCUGGACAAAAUCGUCCUUUACUUGGUGGAGAACAGCAGUAAGUUUUAUGAAAGAGAAGCACUGCUGAGGGACGCGGUCGACGGUCCAAUUCUUGCAUCUUUGCUUGUCGGUCCCUGUGCUUUGGAGUACACAAAAGCAAAGACGGCCAACCACUUCUGGACGGAUCCGUCGGCUGAUGAGUUGGUGCAGAGACAUCGUAUUCACAGCGGUCACUGCCGCCAAGACUCACCCACCAAACGCCCAGCGCUUAUUCAGAAACGUCAGUCGAGUGGGAGUAUGGAAGACCGACCGUCUCUCUGGGCUCGGAAUUAUGUGGAAUCCCUCCAUCAGAAUUCCAGAGCAACAUUACUCUUCGGAAAGAACAAUGUCCUGGUGCAGCCAACGGAUGAUAUGGAAGCGAUCCCAGGAUACCUCUCUCUUCAUCAGACGGCCGAUCUAAUGACGCUGAAGUGGACUCCAAACCAGCUGAUGAAUGGCAACGUGGGAGAGUUUGAUUAUGAGAAAAGUGUGUAUUGGGAUUAUGCAAUGACUAUUCGUCUAGACGAAAUCGUGUAUUUGCACUGCCAUCAACAAGUUGACAGUGGUGGUACGGUGGUUCUGGUCAGCCAAGAUGGAAUCCAGAGACCACCGUUCCGGUUUCCAAAAGGAGGUCAUAUACUGCAGUUCCUCACGUGUCUGGAAACAGGCCUCCUUCCUCAUGGACAGUUAGAUCCUCCUCUGUGGUCACAAAGGGGAAAGGGAAAGGUGUUCCCAAAACUGCGUAAAAGAAGUCCUCAUGGAUCCUGUGAGUCAUUCUCAGACAAAGACGAAGAUGAAGCCACUGACUAUGUAUUUCGGAUAAUAUAUCCAGGCAGUCAGGAGUUUGUGGCACCGGAACUGAUCGAUCAGGCAGUGAACAUGUGGCAGCCGACACCCAGGAAGUCGUCUUGUUCUUCCUGUUCUCAGAACGGAUCAUCUGAUGGUGGACUUCCUAACGGAUGCAACCAUGACAGGGCGCCACUGAAGUUACUCUGCGAGACCAUGAAACAUCAGAUCAUUUCUCGUGCUUUCUACGGCUGGUUGGCGUACUGCCGUCACCUGUCCACCGUCCGCACACACCUGUCGGCCCUAGUCAACCCCACCAUCGUCGAGCCGGAUAUUCCUUAUGAUGCUAAAGGAGGACUCUCAGCAGAGGUGUGGAAAACGUUUCUACAGGACAGCACUUUUCACGAGGAAGAGGAACUUCUGCGUCUGGUGUAUUAUGGUGGUGUAGAGCCGUCUCUGCGUAAAGAGGUCUGGCCCUUCCUGUUAGGACACUAUCAGUUCACCAUGACACUUCAAGAACGCAAAGAGAUGGACGAGCAGAUCCGAGCGUGUUACGAGCAGACGAUGAGCGAGUGGUUGGGAUGUGAAGCCAUCGUACGACAGCGCGAGAAGGAACUGCACGCCGCGGCUAUUGCUAAAUGUGCGUCUGGUGCCAGCGUGGACCACGGAUCGUGCCACGACUCAACCAUCAGCACGGAUGGCAGCAGCUCAGAUAAACACAGUCACGCGUGUUCACAGAGCGACUCCAAUAGCAGCACUCAGGUAUUUGGGUCUGUUGAUGAGGUGGACCCAAUUGAAUCUGAGCCCAAGCCAAAAAAUGAGAAGCCACAGCCCAAAAUUCCCAACGGAGCUCUCCCAAAUUGCACUAGUUCUCCGGACUCUGGUCAUCCAUCAUCUCGUAACUUCUCCGUGACCUCCGGGAUGUCAGACUGCUCUCCGAGCACCGAGGAGGCUUCAGCAACACAAGAGUCUGGGCCAAAAACCUCAGCUCGAGAACCGUCAACUGUGACCUCAGAGGUUCCCCCUAAAGGUCACACAGAUAUUCCUCCCAGUUCUGCCCUGGAUAACAAGUCCAAAGAGGAGCCAACGCAAAACAUCUCCACCGCUCGGGACACACCGAAGGAAGAUGCUGUCAUCUCACAAACUGAGAGCAUUACUUCAGAUGUCGAGGAGGUCAAACCUCCAGUGAGUGGCAAACCACAAACCUCUGAUGCUGAAGAAUCAUGUAGGACUGAAACACACAAGUCCGGAGUUUCCGAAGAAGACGAUCCGAACUCAAAAAGCGCAACUGAAGGUGUGGAAAACACUGAGCCUAAAAUGCAACCCCGCCCUGAAACCGACGGCAAAAAACCUUCCGAUGACAAUGAAAACGAGCGUGAACGUCAAUCAUCAAAAGAUCCAAUUGAAGAAACAACCAAAUCCUCAAAUUCACAAGAGGUCAACCGCUUGGUUGAGGGAUGUGCUGCCGCACCAUCUGUAGAAGAUAACACGAAAUCAGAGGCUGACCAGAACACAGAUUUAAAAGCUGAAGAAGGCAAAGACGUUGACUCCAAAUGUAGUGAUCCAGACCUGAAAGAGGACGUCAAACGGAUCUCUCAAACGGAUGACAACAAACCUGAAGCUUUAGGUGAACACAUGACCUUUGAGAUGACCAGCAACAUAUCGAAAAGUUCAUCUGAACCAAACAACCCAAUGGAUGCUGAAACCUCCAGUACGCCACAAAUGACCCGCUGGGAUUCUGAUCGCAGUAGAGCCACGUCACUAAUCAAACAAAUUAUCGAAUCAGAGUCGGAAAGCUGCGGCCUGAUCAGCUCGCUAUCAAAACAAUCUCCAGAUAUGUCCGACGACUCGCCUUCGGCCUUGGAAAUGGAGGAGAUUUCUUCUUCUGUGGUAUACAUGCCUUCGGAGUGUAACACAUUGAAGAUGCCUCUCACAUUGGCUCGUCCCAUGGCGGUGUCCACCUCGAGGGCGAAAUCGGCCAUGGGAAUGCCAGCUUUGGAGCUCUGCAUGGACCCCGGUGUGGACACGAGCCCGGAGGAAACGGAAUCGGCGCUCUCCGAGGAAGAACCGGAGAUGGAGAACUUAUUACCGAAACCAGACUCUCUGGCGGUCACGGGAGAACACAAGAACGACAUAGCAUCUCCGGUGUUGUCGAUUGGGACCACUUACUCACAAGAGCUAGUAGACCUGUACACGCUCAAUCUACACCGUAUUGACAAAGACGUCCAGCGAUGUGAUAGAAACUACUGUUAUUUCACUCCGGCCAACCUCGAGAAACUACGCAACAUCAUGUGCAGUUAUGUGUGGCAGCAUCUUGACAUCGGUUACGUCCAGGGAAUGUGUGAUUUGCUUGCACCCCUGCUGGUCAUUCUGGAUGAUGAGGCAAUGGCGUUCAGCUGCUUCACGGAGCUCAUGAAGAGAAUGAAUCACAACUUUCCUCACGGCGGCGCAAUGGACACACACUUCGCCAACAUGCGCUCACUCAUCCAGAUUCUGGACGCUGAACUGUUUGAGCUCAUGCAGCAGAACGGAGAUUACACUCACUUUUACUUCUGUUACCGCUGGUUCCUCUUGGACUUUAAAAGAGAAAUGGUGUAUGAUGACGUGUUCACCUUAUGGGAGACCAUCUGGUCCGCGCGUUACGCCUCAUCGGAGCACUUCGUACUCUUCAUCGCGCUGGCUUUGGUGGAGCUGUACCGCGACAUCAUCCUGGAGAACAACAUGGACUUCACGGACAUCAUCAAGUUCUUCAACGAAAUGGCCGAACAUCACGACGUCCCAAAGCUGCUGGUGAUGGCGCGAGACUUGGCCCACAAGGUCCAGAUUCUGAUCGAGAAUAAGUGAUUGGGUUUCAGCCUCUGCGCCUGUUUAAGGCUGUAUUAACAAAACUAACCCCUGAAAUGAGCGUUGUUUAGUCGUCUAAUAUUGCCAGAACAGUUACAUUUUCCACCCGUUCCACAAAGACAGAUGUUAGCCAAAUUAAUCAAAGCCACCAUAUACAUGAUUCUAGAAUGAUCCGGCUAGUUCAUGACAUGUUUCCUAUUGAACGAGAAAGCCAACAGAUGACAAUUUUGACACCAUGAGGUCCUUAAAGAAGGUCAAAGACGAUUAAUAACCGAAUAUAUAAGUGAGAUAUUAAAGUAUGCAUGAAGACUAGUUUUACACAAGGUUUGAGGAUGUCAACAAAUGGCUAAAUAUAUAUAAAUAUAUAAAUAUAUAUAUAUAUAUAAAGAUGAUCUAUAAAGGCAAUGGUGUGUGAUAAAAUGCUUAAGUGCAGCCUUACUAAUACAGAUUUUAUAAAAGCACAAUUAUUAAAAACAAUGCUGUAUAUGUAUUUAUUUUUUAAUAAAUAAUGAAAGUGGGUUAUUCAUCGGUCACCAUCUUUACUCUCAAUGCUUAGAAAUUAAUCGGAGUUUAAAGCGAAUUAACGUCAUUUUCAGCUCAUUGGGUGAAACUCACAAGAAAUUCAUGCAAAUUCGUUGUUCGUUGAAAAGACAUUUUGUUCGUGACAAUCAAGCAAAUGUUUCCCAAAUUCUCAUUUCCUGUAACACAGUAAAAUUGAACUAUAUUACAGCCAUUUAAAUCUAUUGAGAAACGCCCCCUAGUGGCCCCUUUGGUAUCCACGGUCAUUUUUGAGCGGAAGGUUCAGAUGUGUGAUGAUGACGACGUGACAUGAGAACAAUAAAUGUGCUUUUAUUUUGGGAUUUCAUGCUAUUCUGAACAUUUUAGCAUUCAUUUGCAUAUACAAAUAAGCACAUUAACACGACUUGAGAACCGUCAUGCCAGUAAUGACUGUGUGUCUGAUGACUCGUAACCUGAUUUAAUAGUUUAUCACAAGAUGUUUGUAGAUAUAUUCAGACAUUAUCAAAGUAUUAUUUGUCAAAGUUUAAAAUGUUGAAAUGGAUUUGAAGUGUCAGUUUCUGCAGUUUAUGUCAUUCUGCUGCAGUCAAACCUGACCAUGGUGUUACAAACAGAAAACACAGAAUAAACAUUUUAAUACCAAUUAUUUAUUUAUAACAUUAAAAUGUAAAAACUCAAAGUAAAUUAAUAAUAAUGUCUAGAAAAUAAACAUCAUGAAACAGAAAAGAACUGCAAAUUAAAUUAGAGGAUAAAACAGAAGAAUCAGAGUAAACAUCGAGCAAUUCUAAGAUUUCUAUAGUAAAACUUUAUUUUGCAAACAUAUGUGUGUGUGUGAGUGUGUGUGUGUGUGAGUGUUUCUGUGUGAGUGUGUGUGAGAGUGUGUGUGAGUGUGUGUGUGUGUGAGUGUUUCUGUGUGAGUGUGUGUGAGAGUGUGUGUGAGUGUGUGUGUGUGUGAGUGUUUCUGUGUGAGUGUGUGUGAGAGUGUGUGUGAGUGUGUGUGUGUGUGAGUGUUUCUGUGUGAGUGUGUGUGAGAGUGUGUGUGUGUGUGAGUGUUUCUGUGUGAGUGUGUGUGAGAGUGUGUGUGAGUGUGUGUGUGUGUGAGUGUUUCUGUGUGAGUGUGUGUGAGAGUGUGUGUGUGUGUGUGUGUGAGUGUGUGUGUGUGUGUGAGUGUUUCUGUGUGAGUGUGUGUGAGAGUGUGUGUGUGUGUGUGAGUGUUUCUGUGUGAGUGUGUGUGAGAGUGUGUGUGCGUGUGCGUGUGCGUGUUUUUGUGAUUUACGAGGACAAUUUUGUAAGUUACAAACUGGUAAUUACAAGGGUAUUAUGCUAUAAAUGUGAUUUAUGAGGACAUUUCUAGUGUCCCCAUAAUUCAAAUCGCUUAUAAAUCAUACUAAACAAAGUUUUAUUGAAAAUGUAAAAAUGCAGAAGGUUUUCUGUGAGGGUUAGGUUUAGGGGUUGUGUUAGGUUUAGAGGAUAGAAUCUAUAGUUUAUACAGUAUAAAAGUCAUUAUGUCUAUGGAAAGUCCUCAUAAUGAUAGGUAGACCAACAUGUGUGUGUGUGUGUGUGAGAGAGUGUGUGUGAGAGUGUGUGUGUGAGUGUUUCUGUGUGAGUGUGUGUGUGUGUGUGUGUGUGUGUGUGUGUGCGAGAGGGUUUGUGUGUGUGUGUGUGUGAGAGGGUUUGUGUGUGUGUGUGUGUGAGAGAGUGUGUGAGUGUUUCUGUGUGAGUGUGUGUGAGAGUGUACUGCAUUGUGAGUGUGUGAGAGUGUACUGCAUUGUGAGUGUGUGUGUUUGUGUGUGUGAGUGAGUGUGUGCGUGUGUGUGUGUGAGAGUGUGUGUGUGUGACUGUUUGUGUGUGAGUGUGUGUGUGAGAGUGUACUGCAUUGUGAGUGUGUGCGUGUGUGUGUGAGAGUGUUCUGCAUUGUGAGUGUGUGUGUGUAUGUGUGUGUGUGAGAGUGUACUGCAUUGUGUGUGUGUGUGUGAGAGUUUGUGUGUGAGUGAGAGUGUACUGCAUUGUGUGUGUGUGUGUGUGUGUGUGUGUGUGUGUGUGUGUGUGUGUGUGUGUGUGUGUGUGUGUGUGUGUGUGAGUGUGUGCAUGUAUAUUUUGAACUGAUUUAUUGAUGGUAUUUGACCGAUAAAAAAAAUAGCUCUGUGUUUUUGUCUUUCCCAUUCGUUUUAAAUGGUCUGUCAUUUUUGACCGCGAAUACCAAAGGUGUCAAUUUAUUUUAUUUUUUCACGACCACUUAGACUUAUCGAAUCAAGCCCAACUCGAUUUCUGUAUAUUCAGAUGGCAACGUCACCAAGUCUUGCACUGCUCAGAUAAAGGAAAUUAUACAUUUGAAAAAAAUUUAUUUCGGUCAAAAAUGACCGAAUACCAUAAGAGGGUUAAGUAUAAUAAACAAAUCUGAAUGCAUUACAGUAAUGAGAGUUUAAAUGUGCUUCAUUGUCAUUAUUCUAAAUCUUAUUGCUUGUAAAGCGGGCUUCUUUAAGCUAAAUUUAGUAAGAUUCACCCAAAAACAAUUUUUUGCCCCUUAGUAACUUCACUCAUCACUCAUAUAAUAGAGUAUGUUGAGCUGCUACACAAUGAAGUACCUCACUAAGUGAACCAACUUUACUGUAAACAAGAUAUUUUCAUUUGUAUGGAUCUUUUUGCCUUAAGUGUCUCUGUUCAGGGAAUGUGCGGUGGACGCUUGUGUGUGUGUGUGUGUGUGUGUGUGUGUGUGUGUGUGUGUGUGUGUGUGUGUGUGCUUGGGUUUUACUUGGUUACAGAUGUAUCAGAUAUAUGCCAUAUUGCGUGUGUUUGUGUCUGUACAGAUGUGAUUUACCAGCAGCCAAAUGUUUUUUAUUUUUGUCCCAUAUGUUGAGCACUUGUUAGAUUUGAUGUGAUUGUAGUAAACGGCUAAAACACGUGUAAUUCAGACCGAUUGGUUAAAGUGCCAGUGUUAUAAACACUUAUUUCCCCUGUUAUAUUCCAAUUUCAUCAUCAUAUAUCUUAAUAUUUAUUGCUGUUUUAUGCUCUAUGUUAUUAGCUUACAUUGAAUGAUACUGUAUGUAGCUGACAAUAUUAUAAUAUCUACAAAUGUUGGAUGUGUGAAUUGUAAAAACAUUAUUAAUGUAUUCGGCUCAUUGCCUCUGUGACAUGAACCGCUGACAACAAUAGACACAAAAGAUUGAAAUUGUAUGCAAAACCUAUAUAUUUUUAUUGUAUUCAGUGAAACUACAUAGUAUAUUGUCAGAAAUGUGUGCAGCAUAUGGUAUAAUCUGUAUUAUAAUAUGGAAUAAAUGUGUGUGUUUUUGGUGUAUUGUGUUGUACAUAAAAGCAACUGGUGUA